UGUUUUUCAUACUCACUCUUCCAUGGAGGACGACGACGACGACGCGCAGUUAUCUCCGCCGUGCAAGCGCCGCCUCCUCCGCCGCAGUUUAUCGUCCGACGAAUCGACCAUUGAAGAUAGUGCGGUAGCCAUAAGUUCAACUCAACCUGUAGUUCCACCAAUCAUCCUCCGGAAAGAGCAAAUUCCACGGCAGCAGAUUGUUAUCGCCCUCGCCGCGCCGACGCUAUAUAAUUGCUUCAGAAAACGGUCAAAUCGCGCUGAAUCGAUUCAGAAUUUCGAUAUUUCGGUGCGGCGGUCGUGCGGCGGCGGCGUGGUGGCAAUUAGCGGUGUUUAUAGGGUUUCGGAUCUGUGCUGUCAACGGUAUUGCGAUAUGCUGCAGUACGCGAAAGGGAAGAAGGUGGAUUCGGUAGAGGUAAUUUGGGAGGGGAGAAUCAAUCAGGCGAAAUUUGGUAAGUUCUCUGUUCUUCAUUGCAGUAGUGAUUUUGCUGCCUGUAAAUUCUUUGCUGACCAUGGGGCUUUGCAUUAUUGGGAGGUUGCUAUCAACAAAAAAUCCACCUCGAAUUGAUUCGUUAUCAUUUUCCUGUAAAUUCUUAGCUGCCUGUAGAUUGUUUACACAAUUUCGUGUAAUUUUGG